UUUAUUACAACUAAAUAUUUUUAAAUAUAUUCCUUCACAAAAAAUUCAAAAAAUGCAUUCCCUAAAUAACCAAUUUUUGAUGUUUUCUUUAAUUACAUUAUUGGCAAUUACUCUAACAAUUGCAAAUAAACAUCAUAAUAACCAUAAUAAUCAUCACGGGGCAACAGUUUCUGAUAUUUCAAAAGGGCUAGCUGGCUGGGUUCAGAGUUAUAAAGAGCCAAAAACUGGCGAAGAAAAAGAAUUAAAAGCAAAUUCAGAAAAUUCAUCUACAAAACAGAAAGAAAGUGAAAGAUCAGCACCUGUAGAAGAAGAGGAGGAGGAGGAAGAAGAAGAGCCAACUUGCACAAUUAAAGUUCAGAAGGUGAGGAAUUUUUUUGUUUUUAAAAUUCCCACUAAAAUUUAUUUGAGAGUAUCAAUAAGAAAAAAUAUAAAAUAUUUUGAGACCACCUCGGCAUAUAUCAAAGAUAUCGCUAUUAUUCGUAUACAAAAUGUGUUCCAUCUUUAG